AUGAAGUUCUCAGUUGCUACCACAAUUGCUUUCGCUUCACUUGCCUAUGCUGAAGCUCCAGCUCCAGCUGUAACUCAGGCUCCAACUGAACCAAAAAUUGUUGCCAGAGCCGUUUCUAGAACUGCCAGUAUCAAUGGUUUCAGUGAUCCACUUUAUGAUGCCGUCCCAGAAUGUGCUCAAGCUUGUUUAGUUAGAAGCACCUCCAACACUCCAUGUCCAUACUGGGAUGCUGGUUGUUUGUGUGUUAUGCCACAAUUUGCAGGACCAAUUGGUUUGUGUAUUGCUGAAAACUGUAAAGGUGAAGAAGUUGUUUCAGCUACUAGCUUGGCCAAUUCUGUUUGUUCAUCUGCCGGUGUUCCAUCCCCAUACUGGAGAAUUCCAUCAAGUGUCAGUGACAGUUUAGAUUACGCUGCCACUGCUAUUCCAUCUUCCGAAGCCAGCUCAGAAGCUGAAGCUACCUCUUCUGCUGCUGCUGACGAAUCAUCUCCUGUUGUUGAAUCAUCUUCUGUUAAAGAAUCAUCUCCUGUUGUUGAAGAAUCAUCUACUGUUAAAGAAUCAUCUCCUGUUGUUGAAUCAUCUUCAGAACAACCACAAGAAACUGAAUCUAGUGCUGCUCCAGAAUCUUCCAUUACCGAUGCCCCAGAAUCACAAUCCUCUUCAUCCGCCACCACCACAGCUGUUAUCAGAACUGCCAGUAUCAAUGGUUUUGCUGAUCCACUUUACGACGCCGUCCCAGAAUGUGCUCAAGCUUGUUUAGUUAGAAGCACCUCCAACACUCCAUGUCCAUACUGGGAUGCUGGUUGUUUGUGUGUUAUGCCACAAUUUGCAGGACCAAUUGGUUUGUGUAUUGCUGAAAACUGUAAAGGUGAAGAAGUUGUUUCAGCUACUAGCUUGGCUAACUCCGUUUGUUCAUCUGCCGGUGUUCCAUCCCCAUACUGGAGAAUUCCAUCAAGUGUCAGUGACAGCUUAGACUAUGCUGCUACUGCUAUCCCAACUUCUGACGCCAGUUCCGAAGCUAUUGCCACCUCUUCUGCUGUUGCUGAAGAAUCAUCCGCUGUUGAAGAAUCAUCUACUGUUGCUGAAGCUUCUUCAGAACAACCACAAGAAACUGGAUCUUCUAUCGUCCCAGAAUCCUCCGUUACUGACGCUCCAGAAACCUCCACUACCAAUGGGGAUCUGGGAUUCACACAAUACCCGUCUGUCGCCAAAACAGCAAGUUACAAUGGUUUUGCUGAUCCAAUCUACGAUUCUGUUCCAGAUUGUGCCAAAGACUGUUUGAAACAAUCAACCAGUAACACCCCAUGUCCUUACUGGGACACCGGUUGUUUGUGUGUUAUGCCACAAUUUGGUGGUCCAAUUGGUAAAUGUAUUGCUGAACAAUGUCAAGGUGAAGAAGUUGUUUCUGCCACCAGCUUGGCUAGUUCCAUGUGUUCUUCUGCUGGUGUUUGGGAACCAUACUGGAUGAUUCCAUCAAGUGUCAAAGAUAGCUUGGAUUACGCUGCCACUGCCGUUCCAACUUCUGAAGCUAGUUCCGAAGCUGUUGCCACUUCUUCUGUCGAGGAAGUUUCUUCUGUCGAACAACCACAAGAAACCGAAUCUGCUUCUUCCGCUGAACCAAGUUCUACUGUUGAAGAAACCAGCGAUGUUGCUUCAUCUGCUUCUGAUGUCCCAUCAGAAACCCCAUCUUUGGUUACUUGUUACAUCAAUAAUGAAGCUGUUGCUGAAGUUGAUUAUGAAACUGGUAUUUGUGAUUUCGAGCUUCCAUCUGACUUGGAUCCUUUCUUUAACUUUGUUUCUGCUGAAGACUACAACAUCCAAUACUACUACGCUCGUGUCAACGGUAACCAAUUCACCAAUGACAUCCGUUCUGCCGGAAGAGUUAUUAGUAUCCCAGCCAAGACCUUAUACAAAUUAGUCACUAGAGUUCACGAAGUUCUCUUGCAACAAUCCGCUGGUGCCCAAAAGAGAGAUGAAGUUGAUGACUUCCUUGAUUCUGUUGCUGAUACCGAUGGUACUGAUACUGGUAUUGAUCUUUCUGUUGAUGUUACCGCUUCAUCUUCUUCAAGUGAAGCCGACACUGCUACUUCUUCCUUGUCUGAAUCCAGUGCUGGUGAAUCCGGAGCUGUGUCUUCUGCUUCUGCCUCUGCUUCUGCUUCUGCUGAAGAAUCUGCUGCUGCUUCUGCUUCCGCUGAUGAAUCUUCUGCUGCUUCUGCUUCUGCUGAAGAAUCUGUUGCAUCCUCUGCUUCCGCUGAAGAAUCUGCUGCUGCUUCUGCUUCUGCUGAAGAAUCUUCUGCUGCUUCUGCUUCUGCUGAAGAAUCUGUUGCUUCCUCUGCUUCCGCUGAAGAAUCUGCUGCUGCUUCUGCUUCUGCUGACGAAUCUGCUGCUGCCUCUGCUUCCGCUGAAGAAUCUGUUGCUUCCUCUGCUUCUGCCACCACCUUUGGUUCUGACUCCGUUUCCGAUGUUGCUUCAAGUGAAUUACCAGGCACUAUUACUGUUACUGAAACUUGUACUGAUGAUGAAGGUCAUGUUACUACUGAAACUGUUAUCAUUACUUCUCAUGUUACUGAAUAUUGUGAACAAACUUCUGCUUCUGCUGUUCAAUCUUCUGCUUGUGACGAACAAUCCAGUGCCAAGUCUGAACAAAGCUCUGCUUCUGAAGAACAAGACAAGGUCGUCACUACUAUCUACUCCUGUGAAUCUGCUAAGAGUUCUCUUGAAUCUGUUAAGUCCAGUGCCGAGUCUGCUCACAAGACUGAAAUUGUUGCCAGUUGUGAAAGUGAAUUGAGUUCCAUCAACUCUGUUGAAUCAGUUGCUUAUGUUACUCUUACCUCAUUGAUUGAAGUUCAAGAAUCAUGCAUUGCCAAGCAAACUUCAUUAGCUCAAGUCCAAUCAUCUGCUGCUUCUGUUCAAUUAAGUGCUGCUCAUGCUCAAGAAUCAUCUCGUGCUGUUGAAAAUGCUGAAAGUGCCGUUGCUGAAGCUUCUAAAGCUGCUGAUGAAAUUCAAACAGUUGUUGAAUACAUCACUUUGACUGUUGAAAAUGGUGCUAGUGAAAAACCAACUGGUGUUGUUGCUUCUACUAUUACUUCAGUUUCUUUACAAACUGAAUCCACUGAUGAACAAUCAUCCAGUACUUCUCCAGCCGUUGAAAUUGCCAACGCUGGUGCUUCUUUAACUGCCAGUGCUUUCGCUUUGAUUGUUUCUACUGGUAUUUUCUUUGGUCUUUUGAUCUAA